CAAUCUUCAAAACCCCGCCCGACGAUGGAUCAGAUUUGACAUUUUUGAAAUCCAUUUUUCAGAUCCAAGAACGCCACACACACACUGUUCUCCUCUCUUCCCGUUCGCCCAUGCUUCUUUGUGCUACGUAUUGUUACCAGACAAUAUCGUGAAGAAGCAGCAGCAGCAGAACUCAUCACACAAUAAGAAAAAAUGACAGUUCCCGUCAAGGGCCGAGGGCCACAAGUCGCCGGAGCUGCGGGGCUUUUCGUCGCACUCAGCACCGUCGCCGUCCUAUUACGAUGCUAUUGUCGAGUCAUUAUCGUGAAACAAUUCGGUCUCGAUGACUGGUUGACCUUUAUCUCAUGGUUCUUUUUCGUUUUCUAUUGCACAUUCUCCAUUGCGGGCACACAUCACGGCACAGGCCAACAUGCCGUUGACCUUCCACCAAACGAGCUACCAAUUGGGUUAAAGUGGUGGUGGGCAUGUGAACCCGUCUAUGUCCUCGCCGGUCUCGCCUUGAAAGCCAGUAUCGGCGUCCAACUCCUCCGUAUCGCCGUCUCCAAGACCCACAAGCUCAUCAUCUGGAUCACCGUCGGCACUCUGGAAAUCGUUGGUGUCGCCUACUUCCUCGUCUUCGUCAUGCAAUGCAUGCCCUCCGAAUACUUCUGGACGCGCUUCACCGGCGGCACCGGGUCUUGCAUGAACCCCCAAAUCGUCGUCGACGCCACCUACGCCUACUCGGCCAUCACCUGCGCCACUGACUGGAUCCUGGGUCUCCUGCCCAUCUCUCUCGUGUGGCACCUGCAGAUGAACUCGCGCACGAAACUCAUGGUUGCCGGCAUUCUGUCCAUCGGUGCAGUCGCCUCAACAGCAACCAUCGUCCGCAUCCCCUACGUCAAAGACCUCGGCAACCAAGCCGACUUCCUCUGGGCCACCUCCGACGUCGCCAUCUGGUCCACCGCCGAAACCGGCAUCGGCCUCGUCGCCUCCUCCCUCGCCACCUUGCGCCCUCUUCUCCGCCUCUUCCUGACCAAGUCCCAACUGGGCGAGAGCACCUCGGGCGGACUCGGCACUCAGCAAUUCGGCGCCACCACCAACGCCAACGGGUACAUCCGCAGCCGCACGCCCAAGAACGGCGCCGAGGAAUUCGGUCUGCGCAACGACAUUGGCAAGGGCCGCGGCGUCACGACGGUGGUGGAAGCCGGCGGCAGCGACGGGACGAAGCGCAGCAUGUCGGGCAGCAGGGAGAGCGUGGGACCGCUGACGGCGGCGAAUAAUUGGAACACGAGCGAGACCAAGUUGACGGAUAUGAGCAGUGAUGAUGGGCAUGGCAGUGGUGGACAUGGCGGGAGCAGCGGGUGGCCGACGGGAACCAAGACGACGACAGUGACGCAUGUUGUUGAGUCUUGAGGAAACUAUCUGGUUGUCUGGUUGUCGUUGACGGAGAAAGGGGCCGGUUAUUGUUGUUGUUGCUGUUGUGUCGGAAAGGAAAGGAAAAAGAGAUGGACAGGACUGCGGGUUGAACACCACCACCACCACCAAUCACCAAUCACCUAAUCGACUGAGUUUCGUGUUCUACGGCGACCCUCUCCGUCCCAUCGUGUGCGGUCCAUCGGUCCCUCCGCCCCCCACCAGUCAUCGCCAUCGUCAAAGCGAAAAGUCAUCGUCGUCAUCGUCGUCAAAGCGAGAGGCUUAUACUUGGCAUAUUGUUUUUCUGUCUGUUCUGUUUUAUAUCCAUACAUCCAUCUAUCCUCAUCAUUAUACCUACCUAUUGGAUAACUUCCUUUUUCUUGUACAUAUAUCCACCCUCUCUUUCUCUUUUCUGCAUCUUCUUCUUCUUGUUUUUGUUCUACAAUACCUAUGUCCAUGGCGUUUUUAGAAUCUACUCCGAAAGGGCGAGUGA